CCGCCGCCAGCAGGUUGUUUUUAUGAGGCGUCACCGGCGCCGAGGGUCACCGCUGCCACUGUGACAGCGCGCCGCGGGCGGAGGCGCCCGCUUCAGGGCUCCAAUUCGGAGAUGGUGACAUCUGUCAGGAGCACCGACAGCUGGGAGCCGGGCCGGGAGCCGCCGGAACUGCAGGCCCAGCAGGGAGAAAGCAGCCAGGACGGCACAUCAUUCACGGGGGAAACUGCGGGUCUCGAUCUCACCCUUGAGACAGAGGAAGAAAAGUCACCUGAAGACAACAUCUACUUUGGAGCUGCCAGUGAUGACUCUGAUAUUGUUACCCUUGAGCCGCCUAAGUUAGAAGAAGCUGGAAGCCAAGACGCUGUGACUGCCGAGGAGACGCCCGCCUCAGAGGACUUCAUGGGCUCCUCUUCCAGCAGCCAGUACACAUUCUGUCAGCCGGAAGCUGUAGUGUUUUCAUCUCAGCGAGACCAGGAUGGGUCAAGCAGUGAAGAGGCCAGCGAUCAGCCCAGUCCCGCCUUUCGCCGGCGCCGUGCUAGGAGGAAGACUGCAUUUGGCUCGGAGUCGGAGGAGCAGCCACCUGCCGAGCAGGACCCCACGCCACCCACGGAGCAGCAGAAGCACCAGUUCAGCGGGGGUCUCAACAAGUGUGUGGUGCUGGCCGUGGUGAUUGCUGUCAGCAUGGGGCUUGGACAUUUCUGUGGCACAAUUCAGAGAGAGAGAUGGCAGCAGUUAGUCCCAAAGACACCUGGGAAUGAAGCGAGUGACACGGUGGGGCAUCUGGCCUGGCAUCCCCAGCAGGGGACCCCUCCGGAGGUGAAGACUUUGAAAGAAAGUCUCAGAAGGUGUCGACUCUUGACUGCCGUGGAGAAGAUGUCCCUUGAAGCUCAGAGAAAGAGACUUGCGACCCACAAUCACCACCUGAGGGCUUCUCUGGAGAAGGGAGAGCGCACCAUGGGCUCACUCCAGGAAGAGCUGUGGAAGCUAAGGGAGCAGAUUAAAAUAUUGGAGGGGAGAGGUACAAGUGCUGAGUUGGUCAUAGAAAAUCAGAAGCUUAAGCAGCAUCUGGAGGAUGCAGAACAGAAAACACACAGGUUCCUUAAUCAAAAGGAGAUUCUGCUGGCAGAAACAAAAAUGCUAAGGAGUGAACUGGAGAGAGAACAAAAAUUAGCAGCAUCUUUACGGAUGGAAAUUGUGCACCUACAGACUGGUCAGCAGCAGGCCAAGUCAGAUUCUCCCCAGGAGAAAAAGGAAAUAGCAGUGUUACAGGAAAAACUUGGUGAGCUGGAGCAGAAGCUGAACUUUGAGCAGCAGCGCUCUGACUUGUGGGAAAGGCUGUAUAUUGAAGCCAAAGACCAGAAUGGAAAACCAGACACCGGAAAGCAGAGGGCAGGCAGAGGAAGCCACAGGGCCAAGAGUAAGUCAAAGGAAACGUUCUUGGGAACAGUUAAGGAAACCUUUGAUGCCAUGAAGAAUUCUACCAAGGCGUUUGUGAGGCAUCAUAAAGAAAAAAUUAAACAGGCUAAAGAAGCUAUGAAGGAAAAUCUCAAAAAGUUCUCAGAGUCAGUUAAGUCCACUUUCCGACAUUUUAAAGAUACCACCAAGGCUCUCUUUGAUGAAAAGGGCAAUAAAAGAUUUGGGGCUGCAGAAGAAGCAGAGACUGAAAAAAAAGGGCCAGUUUUCACCGGUCGUUCACAUCCGAAGCAUGAGGCGCCUUCCCCAAACCAGAAGCACCGCGGCCCCAGCGUGCGUCGCGCUGGGAGCCCAGAACAGGGAGCUCGUGGGGCGUGGGCCGGAGGAGCCACCUUUGGCGCUGCCCAUGGCUGGCAGGGAGACUGCCACUCCCCUGGACAGGCUGGGCGUCAGGGCUUUGAAAGCGUGCAGCCAGAGCCCUCGAGCCCCUGUAACAUGGUGGUGAGUCCUUUGCUGGUAGCUGAAUUUAGGGAAGUAAUCAGAAGAUAUUUACUAAAAGAACUGGGCACUUUCCAUCAUUGGGAAGAGCUUAAUGAAAUCAUCGAUCAGUAUAUCACAAACGGGCUCACAAAUCAGAAGACCUUCGCGGACUUUGUUAAUGAUGUUAAAAAUUAUCUUAAAAGUAUGCAGGAGUACCGACUAGAUAAUGGAGUGUUUGAGAAGUUGGAUGGAUACAUAGGCAGAUACUUUGCCGACUGUUUACUCCCUCUGUUCGGACCCAGUCGACCUGGUAAAAAGCAACGAAUGGUAAAUAUUGAAAACUCCAGGCACGGAAAACAACAGCAGAAGCACCGUCAGCCACAGCCUUGUAAACAGGAAGGUAAAUGGCAUAAUGGUCGCACUAGCAGAAGACAUAAGGCACAUCUGGAAAUAGAACUGGGGCAGUUACCUUUUGACCCUAAAUACUGAUCAUGAUUGUGUUAAGGAAUGCUUUCUAUACUGUUUGCUGUUGGAACUAAGAUGGAAUUACCAAGAGGACACUGUCAUUUUUCAUUAUCGUGUUUAAAGGGGUCAGUUCGAUGGCUUCAUAGUGGUACGUACAGCACCAAUCAGUUAAAAGCUUACUAACCUGCAUUUAAUAAACCCGUAGUUUAGCUUUGUUAAAAAAAAAAUUGGAAGGGGGGGGCGGGGAUUUAGCUCUGUGGUUCCGCCACCUGCCUCACAAGGGUAAGGUCCUGAGUUCGAUCCCCGGUACCAAAAACAAAAAAAAUUUUGGCCCUGGAAAAUAGAGUAGUUUUAUUAAGGAAGGCAGGCAUGGAGCAGGUUUGUGCAUGAAGUGCCCUGUGUCCAAGCCGUGCGUGACAGUGUGGUUCAGCCUGCUGUCUGUCAGGUUGGCGGUAGGCAGAACCGCUGUGCAGGUCUCACCUUUAAUUCAUGACCUUCCACACUUGCUUUUUGUGGGUUUGAGAGCCCGCUGACUUGUGAAGAGUGUGCUGCUCGCAGAGCUUGCUGACUUGUUCUCUUGUGAGCCCCUUGCACAUCUGAUUGGAAGAAACAAUAAAACUACACCAUGAGGAAGACCAAAGGUCUUUAUUGGA